AUGUCUUGUAAUGUAUACACUUUGAGGAUACACCCUUGGUAUAAACCCUGUCGUUGUGUUGCAGGUAAGGAGGAGUUCCUCUCGUACUCCCAGUGGAACCAGCAACUGCAGCAGACCUUCGAGGCAGGGUUCUGGGUGUCCGGGGACCCAGGUGACCCCAAUGAGAAGCAUGCUGACCUGGUGCACAAGAAAGGCAUCUAUAAGGACAGCUACGGGGCCUCCAACGCCUGGUGUGACUACCAGCUGAGACCCAACUUCACUAUAGCCAUGGUGGUGGCCCCCGAGCUGUUCACAGUGGAGAAGGCCUGGUUGGCCCUUGAGAUGGUUGAGAAGAAACUGCUGGGCCCGCUGGGAAUGAAGACGCUGGACCCCGAUGACAUGGUGUACUGCGGUGUCUAUGACAACUCUCUGGACAACGACAACUACAACCUGGCUAAAGGCUUCAACUACCACCAAGGCCCAGUGA